AGGACCAGCUGAUCUCCCUCCGCGGGGGUCUGUGCUUCCAGCCCUCGUCACAGGUGCUCUGAGUUGAGCCCGGAGUCCCCUUCUCAGCACCAACUCCAGCGCAUCCCGCAUCCCAUCACUCCGUGGCGCCGAGGGUCUGCAGGCUGACCGCCCCGCCUGCAGCAGAAGGGUGUGUCUCUGAAGACCGUUUUAAGUUGAAAGGAAAGAUGCUGUCACCCAAUGGUCAGAAGUUAGAAAAGCUGGAUCCCUUUCACCGACCUUUGCUGUCCAAGCAGAAGACCAGUGCGGAAAUCAUCAGUGAAGCGCGGAAUGCCUUAAGAUCAGUUAGAACCCAAAGGCCAUUCACACCCCGGGAAGACCAGAGGAAGCUGUUUGGGCCUGCCUCAUCAAGGACCCCAGAAAACAGACCUCCCUCCUCCUUCAGCCUUCAUGCGUCCAGCUUUGAGCUAGCCGACUCCAGGCCCAUCUCCGGCGCCCGCCUCAGCCCACUCGAGCUGGUGGGGAAGACCUUGCCUUCUCCCUGGGGAUCUGAGAAGUCAGGGCAGAAAUUGGUCAGGAACCACGAGGCUAGGAAACCCAGAGCUCCAGAAUCUCCCAGCACGGAGGAGGAUGCCUGUCCAUGCCUCCCUAAACCUCCCCUGGACCCUGUGAAGAUAAGAAGGAUAAGUGGUGGGCAGUCUCGAUUCUACAGGGCUGCAUCCCAGGGAUCUCUUCUGCCUGGCAGAUCUGCUGCUGACCCCUCAAAGACCACAGAGGAGUCCAAAGAGACCGAGGGGGAUUCCACGGCAAAAGUACAUGGGACUUAUUUAACAGCAUCAAAUGCCAUUGGUCAUUUAAAGAGUCACCCACUCCAACGUACCUACGACCAAGGCUUCAGAGAAACCAAAGAAGUGUCCAAGGAACCACCAUCUCAUCUCCGGAGCGGGGGAAGUGAGGCUGCUCACAUGAGGCAUCGUGGAGCCGACCUCACCCCUGGCCAGGACUCAGAGAGAGCGGGCAGGGACCAGGGGAAGCGGCGUGCCAGGGCCUCCUCAUGUCCUAGCAGCUCAGACCUGAGCAGGCUGGAAACCAGAGCAGCCUCAAGAGCCAGCUUACAGGAACAGGAGACGGAGAUAGAAGUCGAUGAAGUCUUUUGGAAAACACAGAUUGAACCGCUUUUGCACGGAUUAGAAAAGGAAGACAUUGAAGCCGUGUGUGCGGCUUGCACGCAGCUCCAUCACACGCUGGAGGAAGGGCGCAUGCUUGGCAGGAAGUUUAAGGGAAGAAGCGUCCUGCUGAAGGCCCUGUAUAAACUGGUGGAUGCUGGCUCGGACUCGCUCAACCUUAAGCUUGCCAAACUCAUCCUGGCACUUAAAGUGAGCAGGAAGAAUCUUCUGAAUGUCUGCAAACUGGUAUUUAAAAUCAGCAGGAGCAAGGAGAACGAUGUCCUGCUGCUGAAUGACAACAUCCUGGAAUCGUUACUGGAGGUGCUGAGGGGUGAAGACUUGCAAAGUAACACUGAGGCUUUUUUAUACUGCAUGGGGGCUCUGAAGUUCAUUUCCGGGAGCCCGGCAUUUCUUCCUGAGAUGAUCAGCAAAGGUGCAGUGGAAAUACUGACGAAGUUGAUAAAGCAAAUGAGUGAGGACACAAAGAAAUACGGCGCAUGCCUGCCUAACGCAGGCAACUUGCUAGUCCAGACAACUGCUACACUGAGAAACUUGGCCGACUCACCGCUGACGAGAAGCAGGCUCCUGAAGGUCGGGGCCUUCCCCCAGCUCUGCACAGUGAUGGAACAGUACAUGGACGACAAGGAUGUCUGUACCAAUAUUGCCAGAAUAUUUAGCAAACUGACAUCUUACCAUGACUGCUGUGCAGCCCUGGCAAGCUAUUCCAGAUGCUAUGCCUUGUUUCUGAGUCUAUUGAACAAAUACCAGAAGAAACAGGAUUUAGUAAUUCGCAUUGUUUUUAUCCUUGGCAACCUGACAGCAAAGAAUAACCAGGCCCGGGAAGUUUUCUCCAGAGAGCAAGGGAGCAUUGAAACGCUGCUCACGUUGUUUCAGAAUUUCUACCAACUUGACCAGCACCCCCCAAGGCUGGGGCUCUCAGGAGCCAGUCUAGCAGCAGAGGCUGAGGACGUGCUGGUCAAACUGACCCGAGUCCUGGCCAACAUAGCCAUUCACCCGCGCAUCGGCCCAGUGCUGGCUGCCAACCCUCGGGUGGUGGGCCUGUUGCUGACCACGCUGGAAUCCAAGUCACUGGGCGACUGUGAGGAGCUGGUGAUCAAUACCACAGCAGCCAUCAACAAUCUGUCAUUCUAUCAAGUGAAGAGCUCCAUCCUGCAACACAAAAAGCUGUAUGUCGCUGAAUUGCUCUUAAAGCUCCUUGUGAGUAACAACAUGGAUGGCAUCCUGGAGGCCGUGCGGGUCUUUGGAAACCUCUCCCAGGACCAUGACGUCUGCAAUUUCCUCAUGCAGAAAAAUGUGCACAAGUUCAUGAUCGCGCUGCUGGAAGCCAAGCACCAGGACAUUUGCUUUGCAGCCUGUGGGGUUCUCCUAAACCUCACCGUGGAGAAAGACAAGCGUGCCGUUCUGAAAGAAGGUGGAGGCAUUAAAAAGUUAGUGGAUUGCUUAAGAGAGUUUGGUCCUGGCGACUGGCAGCUGGCCUGCCUGGUGUGCAAGACCUUGUGGAACUUCAGCGAGAACAUCACAAGCGCAUCAUCGUGUUUCGGAGAUGAAGAUGCCGACAGGCUCCUGGUCCUCUUGUCGUCGUUUUUAGAUGAAGAACUGGCCCUGGAUGGCAGUUUUGACCAAGACCUAAAAAGCUAUCACAGACUCCACUGGGAAACAGAAUUCAAACCUGUGGCCCAGCAGCUUCUGAAGCGAAUCCAGAGUCACCACACGUCCCUGGAACCCCUGCCCACCCCUUCUUUCUAACAUGACACAGGCUAAAGGCAGAACUGGGAAGUCAGGCCUCCCUCAUUCUUGGGAAGUGGUAAAAGCAUGGCCAUUCCUCAGUGUUAACACAUGUUGAGCAUUUUAAAAAUACUGAUUUUAGUGAAUAGCCUAAGUAUUUUUGAAAGAAGUAAGCAUUUCUUCUUUUUCUAGAUAUUAUGGAAAAAUGAAUAUAUAUAUUUUCUGCUAUGAGAGAUGUGAGAUGGAAAUAUAUGCAUUUUUAAGACUUCUCUUUCUAUUUGCCUUUAAAUCACUUAGAAAAUAGCCUUAAAAAUCCCGAUCCGACCACUUUGGAAUGAAUGCUCUUGUGGGUUCACUAGUCAAGGAACUGCGCAGUGGAGACCUGGGGUUUGUCCACCAGGAGAUAGUGUCUGGGAAGGUACAUGACUGCUCAGGCAUCUUUCCCAGCCCUUACUACAUCUAAGAAUAAGUCCCGUGACUCAUGCUAGUAUUUUCUUGUUCUCAUAUUAGAGAAAGAAUAAGUAGAGGAAAGAGAGAAAACUGCUCAGAAGGCUGGGGAUGCAGCACUUGACUACCCUGGUUUUAUCCCCAGCACAGGAGUAGGAGGAAAUACUGCUUUAGAUCAUCUGUCUCUUUAGAUUUUUAGUUUAAUUUUUUUCUUUUGUUUGUAUGGAUGUUUGACCUGCAUGUGCAACCUUGCAUGAAGUACCUGUGAGGGCCAGAAGAGGGUGUCAGAUCUGAGACCCAAGUUAUAAAUGAUUGUGAGCUGUCUGGUGGGUGCUAGGAAUCAA